AUGAACUUGAAGAAAUUACUCACUAUCAAUCCGGAAUAUCCUCCCGCGGCAUUGACUACAGGUCUCACAGUCUUCUUAGCAAUAAUCUACACCCUAUCAUGGUUCCCUCGAACAAAUUUAAACGAAAGCUGGUCAUUAAAUACAGAUUCUCUUUUCCAUCUCAAAACAUUCUCCAAAUUAUCCACAUAUCCAUUGAUUCAUCUAUCCUUGUUACACCUUCUUUGUAAUGUUUUCGCCAUCUUCGUCCCGUUGACCAUUUUCGAAACGAACCAUGGGACCAUAUACACAGGAGUUAUACUAAACCUGCUUGCUAUAUUCACCGGUGUAUUUUAUUGUUUUGCUGGUACAAUAUUGUAUCCAAACGUUAGCAUUGCAGGAGCAAGUGGAUGGUGUUUCACGUUCUGGGGUUAUUUUGCCCUCCAAGAGAGUAGAAUUAGACCACGUUAUGAGAAUUUCGCGCAUAUUAGUGGUCUUAAUAUUCCUACUGUUGCGGUUCCCAUCGUUAUGCUGUUUGUUAUUGCAUUCUUGGUUCCUGGAUCUAGUUUUCCUGGUCAUGCGCUUGGCUUAAUGUUUGGUUAUUUAAUGGGGUGGAAAGAGAACUGGGUAGCUAUGAUUGUUCCACCAAGUUGGAUCAUCGUUAAGAUUGAGAAGGUUGUUGAUAAAUUGAUUGCCUUAAUUCCAUUUGGACUUACAUAUUAUAAAGAAGAAAAUAUGGAUAGAUCUCGUGAAUAUAAUUCUGUUUGGACUUCUGAAAAUUCGUUAUUACCGUUGACAAAUGAAGUAAGAGUUGUUAACACACCAGCUCAAGGUGGAAGAGUACUAGGCACUUUAUAG